UCCAACUGCUGAGCCGAUCAGUUCGAUUGAUCGCUUUCCACUUGAGCUUCAGUCAUCCAAGAUAUCGAUCCAGUAAAGAUGCCCCAGUCCAGCUUCUUUGCCAAGAGCGUCCCCUUCGACCAGAUCGACAAGCUGGCCAUCAGCGGCGGUUACUCCUCGAUCUUCGCCAGCAGUGAGCCGGCGGUUCCGGUAGUUGGAAAUUGGGAGCAGCGCUUCUGCCGCCUGGCGGAUACCUUCCAACCGGUCCUUGAUCGCGUAUACGACUUUGAGGUUCGUCAUGACGAUGUAUGGAUUGUUACCCUUCCGAAAUGCGGCACCACCUGGAUGCAGGAGCUGGCCUGGUUGGUGGUAAAUCAGUGUGACUUCGAGACGGCCAAGAGUGUGGAUCUCACACUAAGAUCGCCCUUCCUAGAAUUCAACGGAGUGGUUCCCAAUGUGCCACACGACACCAUCGCUGCAGCCGAUGCCCUGCCCUCACCGCGCUUGAUCAAAUCCCACCUCCCUGCCUGGAUGCUGCCAAGGCAGAUCUGGACCAAGAGACCCAAGAUCAUCUACGUGUAUCGCAACCCCAAGGAUGCGGCCAUCUCCUAUUUCCACCACUGGCGUGGAAUGGUGGGCUACCAGGGAACCAAGUCGGACUUCAUGCACUCCUUUAUCGAUGGCUAUGUGAACUUCACGCCCUGCUGGCCUCAUGUUCUGGACUUUUGGCAGCUGCGCCAUGAGCCAAACAUCUUCUUCACCAGCUACGAGAGGAUGAAGGGACAGCUGGGAGAGGUUAUAUCCGAGGUGGCUCAAUUCCUUGACCGCAAGGUAAGCCAGGAGCAGAUCGAGCGGAUGAAGCAACAUCUCUCCUUUGAGAGCAUGCGCGAUAACCCCGCCUGCAAUCAUGUCAAGGAGUUCGAGAGCAUGAAGGCAGCUGCCGGACGGGAGGUGGAGGAGUUCAGCACUUCCCCGCACAGGUUCGUUCGCCGUGGAGUCGUGGGCAGCCACAAAGAUGAGCUCACCGCCGACAUUAUCCGGGAGUUCGAUCUCUGGUCUGACAGCAAUCUGCGGGAUUUUAAAUUGAACAUGGAUGACUUUGCCAACUACAGCAAAUUCGCUUCCACGUAAUUCAGCUUAAUUAGUUUUUGUAUAAUAUACUCGUGCAUUGGUUAAACUUUGUUAAUAGUCUGUAAGUUGUGGUGAUAUACGCUUAAUAAAUAAUUGCUUCCCCUA